CCCGACCCGGACCUUCUGCGUUUGGUCACUGGUGUGUGUCGAAGCUCUGGUCUUUCUCAAGUCGCUUCUUCCCCCACACUCUUGCCUGCCUGCCUUCCUUCUGCCCAAAACUCCAUUCCACCGUCGCUGCUCCAUCGGCCAUCCACAGCUCUUUCACUCGAUGUGGAGAUCCAAUUCGAUCUCCCGUUUCCUCUUCUCAAUAUUGAUUUCUCUCUUGUUAUUAGGAGAUAGGUCGCAUGGGGCUCCGCCUGGCAAUCGUAAAAGUGGGAAGUCGUCGGUGUUUUCUUUGUUCAAUCUAAAGCAGAAAAGUCGAUUCUGGAGCGAGUCUGUGAUGCGCAAUGACAUCGAUGACUUGGAAGCACAUGGAGUGGACAAAUCCAAUGCCAUCAACUACACCCAGGCAGGAAAUAUUGCAAAUUAUAUGAAGCUUUUGGAAGUUGAUUCAAUGUACCUUCCAGUGCCAGUAAACUUUAUUUUUAUCGGAUUUGAAGGAAAAGGAAACAGAGAAUUUAAGCUAAAUGCUGAAGAAUUGGAGCGUUGGUUCACAAAAAUUGAUCAUAUAUUUGAACAAACGAGGAUUCCAAGUAUUGGAGAGAUUCUGACACCAUUUUACAAGAUAAGUGUAGAUCGGGAGCAACCUCACCAUCUUCCACUCGUCAGUCACAUAAGUUACAACUUUUCUGUCCAUGCCAUUCAAAUGAAUGAAAAAGUCACAUCCAUAUUUGAGCGUGCCAUUAAUGUGUUUGGACGUAAGGAUGAUGUAACUGGAACAAGGGAUGAUGGGAUGGGUCUUUGGCAAGUUGAUGUAGAUAUGAUGGGUGUUGUCUUCACCAGCCUUGUGGACUAUUUACAAUUGGAAGAUGCAUACAACAUUUUUGUUUUGAAUCCAAAGCGUGAUCCAAAAAUAACUAAAUAUGGCUACCGGAGAGGCUUAUCUGAGAGUGAAAUAAACUUUCUUAAAGAGAAUAAGGCUUUGCAGUCUAAAAUCCUGCAGUCUGGAAGUAUUCCAGAGAGUGUUCUUGCUCUUGACAAAAUCAAGAGACCAUUGUAUGAAAAACAUCCAAUGGCAAAAUUUUCCUGGACUGCAACAGAGGAGACUGACACGAUAGAGUGGCAUAAUAGAUGUCAAGAUGCGAUAAACAAUGUUGAGGGCCUAUAUCGAGGGAAAGAUACAGCUGAUAUAAUACAGAGCAAGGUUUUGCAGUUGUUGAAGGGGACGAAUGGUGAUUUGAAACUUUACUUAGAGAAAGAUUUGAAGUCUGGUGACUUCAGUGGCCUUAAUGCUGAAUGCCUCACUGAUGCAUGGAUCGGAAAUAAUAGGUGGGCAUUUAUCGACUUAACUGCUGGUCCUUUUUCUUGGGGACCAUCAGUUGGCGGAGAAGGUGUACGCACAGAACAAAGCUUACCCAAUGUUGAGAAAACUAUAGGUGCAGUUGCAGAAAUGUCAGAGGAUGAAGCAGAAGAUCGCUUACAAGAGGCUAUUCAAGAGAAAUUUUCAGUAUUUAGUGAAAAUGACCAUCAUACUAUUGAUAUUCUUCUAGCUGAAAUAGACAUAUAUGAGCUCUUUGUUUUCAAACAUUGCCGUGGGAGGAAGGUCAAGCUUGCACUUUGUGAAGAGCUUGAUGAGCGGAUGAGAGAUUUGAAAGGUGAGCUUCAGUCUUAUGAGGAUGGGGAAUUCGAUGAAAGCCAUAAGCGGAAGGCUGUUGAUGCAUUGAAACGCAUGGAGAACUGGAAUUUGUUCAGUGAUACUGUUGAGGAAUUUCAUAAUUACACAGUUGCACGAGAUACUUUCCUUUCACAUCUUGGGGCAACACUUUGGGGGUCAUUAAGACACACAAUUUCUCCAUCUCUUGCUGAUGGUGCAUUCCACUAUUAUGAUAAAAUCUCCUUUCAGUUGUUUGUCAUCACACAAGAGAAAGUAAACAAUAUUAAGCAGUUACCUCUUGAUCUUAAAAGUCUCAUGGAAGGACUCGAAUCUCUGGUAUUACCUUCUCAGAAAGUUCAGUUCAGUCCACACAUGUUACCACUGUCUGAAGAUCCUGCUUUGGCAAUGGCAUUUUCAGUGGCUAGGAGAGCAGCUGCCGUUCCUUUAUUACUUGUGAAUGGAACCUACAGAAAAACUGUACGCUCUUAUCUUGAUUCUUCCAUUCUUCAACAUCAAUUGCAGAGGCUACAUGACCAUGCUUCUUUGAAAGGCUGGCAUGCACAUAGCAGGUCAACACUGGAAGUUCCCAUUUUUUGGUUCAUUCACGGUGAUGCUUUGUUGGUCGACAAGCAUUAUCAGGCAAAAGCACUCUCUGAUAUGGUGGUGGUUGUUCAGUCUGAGCCGGCAUCCUGGGAGAGCCAUCUGCAAUGCAAUGGACGAUCACUACUGUGGGACUUAAGGAGGCCCACAAAAGCUGCUCUGGCUGCCGUAUCUGAACAUCUGGCUGGGUUGGUUCCUCUUCACCUUGUCUACAGCCAAGCCCAUGAAACUGCCAUUGAGGAUUGGGUAUGGUCGGUGGGUUGUAAUCCAUUGUCUGUCACCUCCCAAGGCUGGCGGAUUUCCCAGUUCCAGUCGGACACCAUUGCUAGAAGCUACGUACUCACAGCUCUUGAAGAAUCUAUACAAACUGUGAACUCAGCAAUACGCCGUCUUGCCACGGAGCAUACAUCGACACAGACAUUCAAGCUCUUUCUAUCCCACGAGCGUGAUCUGGUGAUCAAGUACAACCACGUCGUUGGCCUCUGGAGACGAAUUUCAACUGUCACCGGAGAGCUUCGGUAUUCAGAUGCCUUGCGACUGCUCAACAGUCUAGAAGAGGCAUCAAAAAGCUUUGCGGAUUAUGUGAACGCGACUACAGCAAGCCUCCACCCUGUCCACUGCACUCGGCAGAGGAAAGUCCAAGUGGAGUUGGACAUGACGACAAUCCCGGCAUUCUUGGUUGUUGCAUUUGUACUGUGGUUUGUGUUGAAGCCCAGAAGACCCAAGGCCAAGAUCAACUGACAUCAAUAUCACAAAACGUACAUUCGAAUCAAUCAACUGAUUUUAGUGUAAAAUUUUUUUAAAAAAAGUUCUUUUGUGACACAAUGUAGUAGUAAGUAAUGUGUAGACUUUAUAUCAAAAUAGAGAGAGAGAGAGAGAGGGGGGGGGGGGGGGCCGGAAUCUUGCAGUUUCUUGGACUAUGCAUGAUUAUUCUAUGCCAUUCUGUCUUGAAUAUUAGAGAUGAAAUUUUUGCUAAGUUUUUGCAAAGUUUGGGAUUGUUAUUUUUAUUCUCU